AUGUCCACUUCAAAUACAGCCCCUUCUCCCAUCCAAGGCGUCUGUUACUUCUCCAUCCAACACAACAAGUACUCUUCACACAACGACGAGACACCCUUGACAACUCCAUUCACUCCACCUGGUGAAAACAUUGUCUCUGAUCCAUCAAACCCAUUGCUUGCUUAUCGACCUUGCUUGCAAUCUCCCUCAACCACACAAACUCGCUCAAGAAUGGAUUCUCUUCUGCAACUCCAAACUCAGGUCGCACACAUUGCUCCUUCAAGACGGCCUCAACCUCAACCUCUUCAAAACGUUCUCGCUGUCAGCGAUGACUCCUCAGAAUCAGAUGGAAGCUCUUCAUCAUCAAACUCUGUCCACUCGCCUAUGGAAGUCGCUAGAUGCUCUCGCUGCCAUCGCUCCCAAAGCAUCGACCUUACGACAGGCAAGGCCGCUAACAUGGUUGCCUAUGGUCUAAACUCCUUCUACUGUUUACGAUGUGCCAACAUCACUGGCUACCUCCAACGCCAGUAG